UCUGCAAGAAUAAUUCCGAAAAUCUUACAUACAUACACCACACAUAUUUGCUUCUUUAAGGUCAAUUCUGUUGUAAAUUUUACUUAGAAUUUCUAUUUUUUCUUUUAACAAAAGCAGUAUCCGCUAAUUAAGCGGACAAUUAAAUAAUUGUUCAAAAUGGAUGUAUUUUUAAUGAUAAGGCGAAAAAAGUUAACAAUAUUUACCGAUGCAAAGGAUACAACGACUGUUGGCGAAUUAAAGCAAAUGAUCGAAGGAAUUAUAAAAGUUAUACCCGCAAGACAGCAGUUAUACAAUAAGGAUAAUCAAGUUAUGAGUGAUGAGAAAACUUUACAAGACUAUGGAUUAACUUCAGCUACGGCUAAAGCUCAAUGUCCCGCUUUAGUUGGAUUAGCUUUAAAACAAGAAACUGGCGAUUUUGAACCAUUAGAAUUGACCCCAUAUUCAGCACCACCAGAUCUACCAGAUGUUAUGAAAGCACAAGACGCAAACGGUCAGGAAACAUCCUCUUGAAUAUUUACGUCCAUUCAGCAAUAUUUUUGCUUUUAUACAUUUACUUUUUGGCUUAUUUAUCAAAAAAAAUAAACAAAAAAAAUUAUGAAAAUCUAAAUAGCUUCAUUAAACCAAUUCAUUUUAUCACUAACGUAAAAAUAUUGUCAAAGUUUCAUCAUUCGAAUUUGCUUAUAGAAUUUAACAUAUUUUUUACAUAUUAAUGAGCGAUUUUCAAAUC